GAGCCCAAGUGUUCUGGCCAUGGUGUUUGUGAUUGUGGCCAAUGCUUCUGCAACAGCGGCUACACUGGCAAGCUAUGCAACGAAUUACAGGGUGGUGAAUCUGCCCUAUGCACUGACCGUGAUGUCGAAGUUUGUGUCCAGUGCUUGCGCUCAAGCCUGAUCGGAGCUUUCGAUGAUGAAAUCAUUGAAGACAUCGGACCCGCGGACCGAUCGAUUUACUCGUUUGCUCAGUUACAUUCUUCAUCUUCUAAUACUGAAGGCGCAUCUGGAAAGACUGAUCGCUCUCUACAACGCGCUAUUUUUCGCCGUAGAUACGAAGCUAUUCGCCUUCAUGACAAUGGCCUGAAUGAGUUUACCGGUUACGCGAGUUGGGAGUAUGCCUGGGCGGCUAGCCAAUGCCAGACCGAGUGUAAUUCAACUAGUGUUGUUGAUACAAGGCGUGUACGUCUCGUAGAUCAGGCGGCCAUCAAUCACCAGACUGCUGGUGGAGGUAGUGGGUCUGCUCUAGGAGGUGGGGCAAGUAGCGGUAAUGGAUUAGGAGCUGGUAUCGAGGCUACUGACGAGUCCAGUGAUUCAGACGAUGUUGGGUCUGCCCCUUCAGGACAGUCAGGUCUAGUAGUGUCUAGCAGCAGUGCUACUGGAUCCAAUCUCUGCAUUAUCUACACUGCCGACAACUGCCGUGUCCUCUUCACAUAUCGCUAUUCGGAUGCCAUCUACGUCGAUAGAAAGGCAACUCCAUUAUUUUAUUUAUACAUUUAUAAUAUAAAUCAUUACCUUCUUUUGUAUCAUUGUCAUUUGUUGUUGCUAGUGUCUUCAACGCCUGAUGUCGACCUAAACAUCGUUCGCGAGAGUGAGUGCACUAAGACUAUCAACAUAGUUUACAUCGUAAUCGGUGUGAUUGCUGGCAUUGUUUUUGGUGGUCUUAUUCUUUUGCUCAUAUACAAGCUGGUUAUCACGAUUGAUGACAAACGCGAGCACGCUAGGUUCAUGAUGACUACAGACAAUAUGAAAUGGGAAAUGGCUGAAAACCCCAUCUUUCAGCCACCCACUACAAAAGUGAUGAAUCCCACUUUCGAUGAGAACCUCUAUUAG